AUUGCUUUUUUCAUUUUUGACGGUUGGCGUCACAAAAACAAUCGUUUCUUGUAAACAAAAAUAUUUGUCAAAAGAAACAGAAGAUAGUAGGCGUGAGAGAUUUGAUGAAACCGCAACCAAGAUAAAGAAUGCACACUCGAAGCAACUGUGCACCUGAUUUUUACCAAUACGGCGCGUUAUUCAGUGACAACACAAGAGUAUUCUUAAAUAAUCAAGAUAGUUUCCUUGACAAUAAAUUGUGUAAUGCCAAAACAAAGACUAGUAAAAGUGAUGUUCGUGGUUUUGGACAACAGCCAGAAGUGUCAAAAAAAUCACCAAAAGAGAGGAUUGAAAUGUUUGAGGCAAAUCAAGAGAAUCGUGUUAGAAAUCAACAAAAUAUACAAGAGGUAUCGCGAGCAAUGAAAGAAUAUAUUCAAGAUGCAGAGAGUAGAGAACAAGAUUUAAAAAUGAAAAUAACACAUUUGGAAACUAAAAAUAAGCAAAGCCACGAAACACUUAGAGAACUUGAAAAGACUAUCAAACAAGAACGAAAAACCAAUAAAGUUAACGUUGCACAGUUGGAGCAGAAUUUGAAAGGGAAAGUUGCCAAUAUGGAAAGGCUGUUAAAUGAGAAAGAUAAAGAGUGCGAACGCUUAAUAAACAAUCGGGACGAGUUGAAGAGUAAAUUAUUGCACCUGAAACGAGAUAAAAUGCAUUACACCAGUGAAAUAGAUAUAAGAGAAGGUGUUUUAAAAGAAGAAUUAAGAAGUCUAAAAAAUGCAAUAGAACUACAGAAUAGCGAUAAAUUAAAAUGCGAUGAUGAAUGGAAAUGUAAGGAGAUGACAAUAUCCAAAUUAAAAGCGAUUGAAGCUGAAUUGAGUUCAGAGCUUCAAAAGAAAAGUAAAAUAUUAAAACAAAAAGAAGAAGUUAUCGAAGCAUUAACAGACGAAAUAGAGAGGAGAAAGAAUGAUUCCUUGACGAAACUUGCUAAAACAGAGCAGGAAUUAAAAAGUCUAUCAGAUCAAAACAAAAUAUUAAAAAAGCAAUUGAAAAAUUUAAACUCUUGUAUACAAGAGAAAGAGAAAGUUUGCAAAGAGCUGCAGGAUAAUGUUGAUUUUUGUUCGGAACAGAGAGUAUGUCUUAUAAACGAUAAAGAUGUUCAAACAAAGCGGAUCGAAGAAUUGAAAAAAGAAAAUGAAUGUUCUGAAUCUGCGUUACAGAAAUGCAAAGAAGAUCUCCACAUCAGUGUAAAUGAAAACAAAGAACUAAAACUGAGGGAGAAAACACUUCAAAGUGAGAUUGUCGAUUUAAAAAAAAGUUUGAGUGAAAGAAGCAGAAUGUCAGUAGAUGUAUUUGAUAAAUAUGCGCAGGAAAUAUGUUCCAUGAGAGAGAAGAAUUUGAAGAAUGAAGAAGCAUAUGCUACAAAACAAAAACUUCAAGCAAGUACUGAGCAAUGCUGCCGUUUAAAAAAAGAAAAUAAUGAUCUACAAAUGUCGAGCGAACAAUUGAAAGAAAAAUAUAAGGAUGCUGUUGAAAUGCUUCAAAGAAAGUUAGCUGAAGCUAAAGAAAGUUCGGCAAUGUUGAGGAGUGAUAUGGAAAGUUUGAUUGCAGAAAAGGAAGAUCAAAAGAUGGCUUUGCAAAGGUUAGGUUUCGAUUUAAGCGAGAGCAGACGACUAAAUGUAAGCUGCACGAAAAAAAUACGAUUUUUAACGCAACGUUGCGAGAAGUUAAAAAACAUAUCAAAAGAGUUAAAAAACUGUCAAAAAGAAAAUGAUGAACUUAGACUUCGACUGAAACAGAAAAGCGCAGAUAGUCAGGAAUCUGAGAAUGCGAUGGAUAUGAUGACAAUUAAUGAUUGCAAACUGCGAGAGACAUUGAACAAACGUGAAAAACAGAUGGAAGAUUUAAAAGACGAUAAUGAAAAGUUAACCACUGAGCUAAAAACUUUGAAUGAAAUGGCUACUGAGUAUGUGCAAAAACAAAUUGUUUACGACAACAAGAUAAAGCAAAUGUAUCAGGAAAAUACACAUUUGAACGCAUGCCUAUUAGGACUUAAAGCAUUCAUGGUCAAUACAAAAGGUGAAAUUCAAGAGAUGCAAGCAAAAAAUGAGGAAACAACAAAAAGCAAUGAAGAACUAAACGAAUAUAUUGAGCAUUUAGAAGUAAGAAUGGAUAUAAAAGUACAAGAAAUUGAGACAUACCAACAAGAAUUGCAACAAUGCAGUGACAUUCUUAACACAUAUCAAAGAGAAUGGCAGCACAUCAAUCAAGAAAAUAAUAAUUUAAUGCAAGCAGUAGCAAACGCAGAACAAGGUGUCUUGAAAUCAACAAGUGAGUUUAGAGAAAAAUUAACUGAUAAAACCGAAUUAGCGAAACAUCUAAAGGAAAAACUAUGUUGCAAAGAAGAAGAAGCACAAUAUUUCAAGAAACAAUGCUAUGAGCUGAUUUCUAAUGUAGAUGAGAUACAGCAACAGCUAGUUGCCACAUUGAAAGUUGUUGAUGAACAAAAGAGAGAUAUCCAACUGUUAAAUGCAGAAAAUAGAAAAAUAAAAUUGGAAAGUGAUCAACAUAAACAAAAAAUGGAGUUGUUUAAAGAAGAAACUUUACAGUUACGCAAUCAGAAGCAGGAACAAUUAAAACAAUUUUCAGAGAAUACAGCUGACAUUAGGGAUUCGGAGAUACAGAAAAUGAAAGAAAAACUGCGAUCAGUGAAUCACGAGAACGAAGAGUUGAGAAGACAGUUUCAGAUACUGAAAAUAAAGUGUGGUGGCAUGUCCACAAAUAAUGAAAACAUGACAAUAGAAGUGACGAGUUUGCAUGAUGAAAUCGUCCACUUGAAGAACGAACGUGAUAAUUUACAAGCGCAUGUUGAUAAGAUGAAGAAACGCGUAUCUGAAAUGGAACAUAAAAAUCAUGAAUUGACAUGUCAGCUGCAACACAGUAAGGACUGUAUGGAAGAAAUUAAAAAUAAAAACAUAGAUUUGCAUAACAUAUUGCAGAACAAAAAAGACAGAGAAAAGUUCUGCAGAGAGGCUGAACAAAAUCGUAAUACUACGUUCAAAGAUAUAGAAAAUGAAAACGCCCAACUAAAGGUCUCAAAAAAAUCCCUGGAAGAAAAAAUAUCUGUUUUAAAGGCUACCGUAACAGAAUUACAAGGAGUACUCAAUGGUAACACAUAUAAGCACAGUUGGAUAAUGCAGCAUAAUGAAGACCAAGUCAAUGAGAUAAAAGCUUUGAAGAAAGAUCUCUCUGAUUAUCAUAGACAAGCACUUGAGACGAAAGAAAGAUUUUUCAAGGUAAACUUUGAGAAUGAAAAAUUAACGGAAGACCUACAAACAACGAGAACACAGCUCAAAUUUCUUGAAAAUGAGAAUGAAAACAUUAGAAGAAAUUCUACGACUGCUUUAAAUCAAGAAAAACUAAGAAUUAAUAAUCUUCAAGAGCAAUUGGAUGUCUUGUCUGAAAGCAAAAAACAAAACACCGCAAUGAUUCAAACACUGAAGAAAGAAAGAGAAGAUUUUGUGAAAGAAAUUUAUGAAGAAAACUGCAAUUUAAAAAUUCUCAACGAGAAAUACGAAAGCAGUAUUAAGAAGAUUGAGGAGAUGAAUCAGAAAGAAAAACAAUAUCAGUCGAAACAAAAGAAAAAUGGCGAUCGUUUAAACAAUAUGAAAAAUGAAUUUUUCAAACUUAUUUCACUUUUCAAAAAAAUAAAGCAGGAACGAGAUUCUCUUAAAGCUUUUUUAUUGACCAGUGAGAAAGAAAAGUCGCAUUUUAAGGAAAAAAUCCAACACAUGAUGUUAUCGUCGGGAAAAUUGCAAAAACAAUUGGAAGAGUUCCAACAUCUUCAUAAAAGCACUCUUUCUGACAACGAAAAGAUGAAGUCUCGAUUAAGCAUAUUAAACUAUACAGAACGCACACGUGACUCCGAAUACAAAGAGAUGACAAAGAAGCUGCAACAGUAUCAGAAAAAGAUAGAACAGCUUACCAUGCAAGUUCAAAAUACUUCCCCUCACGAAGAGACUACAACUGACAAAUCAAAAGAAAAUCCAGCAGCAGUUUCUUGUAAAUUAGUUGAGGAGUUGAAAAGUCUAAUAUUUCGUCAACCAAGAAAGAAGUGUCGACUUAGUAAAGAAUGUGCAGGUAUGAACACUCUUUUGCAGACCUUUAAAACUCAUAAUACUAAACCAAUCACGGACAAAGAAGACCAUUCUUUCAAUCGGAAAUCUAAAUUUGAUGGUAGUCACGUAAAAAUCAAGAGACACCGUUUUAAGUUAGCAAGAGACAGAGAAAACCAGGAGCGUGUGAACAAUCUAUACAAGGAGUCACAAGCCAUUCAAGACUUUUUAAUUCGGGAAAUGUCGAAAUUGUCGCGUCAUUAUCCGUCCAGUGUGUUUUGA